UAACACCAUCAAACUCUAACUUAGAAAGGCACUUGCAAUCACAAAAGACUCUAUAGACAUCUUCACAUUGACAUAGAGGUCUCCCAGUUUUGCUCUUUGCAUUGACAUACAAAUACUGGCUGUUUUCUUUAAUAUUUAUUUUGGAAACACAAGUUGUACUUUAACUGCAUGAUGACCUCUACUUGAGCAACAGCAAGACCAGUGAGCACAGUUUGAAAGAAAAGUUUAUUUUCAACAAGAUGUCAGUGAAACUGACUGUCUUUUUGUUGCUGCUUCAGCUGAAUAGUUACUUUGAUUCUGGGAGCUGUGGAAAGGUGCUCGUGUGGCCCAUGGAAUUCAGCCAUUGGAUCAAUUUAAAGACAAUAUUGGAUGUACUUGUUCAAAAGGGUCAUGAGGUGACAGUUUUGAGACCUUCAACUUCCAUUUCUUAUCAUGUGGAAAAGGAAUCUGCUAUUAAAUUUGAAGAUUAUCCUGCAUCGUUAUCUGCAAGUGACUGGGAGUAUAUUUUUACAGAAGGACUCAGGAAAGUGAUUUAUGAACUACCAAAAGAAUCAAUUUGGACAUAUUUUUCAACACUGCAAGAAAUUAUGUGGGAAGAGACUGAUUACCUGAAAACCCUCUGUGAAGAUGUAGUUCGAAACAAAAAUCUCAUGUCAAAACUACAAGAAUCCAGGUUUGAUGUCAUCCUGGCUGAUGACUUCAUUCCUUGUGGGGAUCUGAUUGCUGAGCUCCUGAAUCUACCCUUCGUGUACACCCAUCGCUUCUUUCCUGGCUACACAUAUGAAAAGUACGGUGGAGGACUCUCAGUUCCCCCUUCCUAUGUGCCUGUGGGUCUGUCAGAGUUAAAUGAUCAAAUGACAUUCUUGGAGAGGGUAAAAAAUAUGAUAUAUGUGCUUUAUUUUGACUUUUGGUUUCAAACAUUUAAUGAGAAGAAAUGGAAUCAAUUUUACAGUGAAGUAUUAGGAAGACCCACCACUUUAAUUGAGACAAUGGGGAAAGCAGAUGUAUGGCUCAUUCGAACCUACUGGGACAUAGAAUUUCCUCGCCCAUCCUUACCCAAUUUUGAUUUUAUUGGAGGACUCCACUGCAAACCCGCCAAACCUCUGCCUAAGGAACUGGAAGACUUUGUGCAGAGCUCUGGAGAACAUGGCAUUGUGAUAUUUAGCCUGGGGUCAAUGGUCAUGAACAUGACAGAAGACAAAGCCGAUGUGAUUGCUUCAGCCCUUGCUCAGAUUCCACAGAAGGUUGUAUGGAGAUUUGAUGGCAAGAAACCAGCCACUCUAGGACCCAACACUCAGCUGUACAAAUGGAUCCCUCAGAAUGACCUUCUUGGUCACCCAAAAACUAAAGCUUUUAUAACUCACGGUGGUACCAAUGGCAUCUAUGAGGCAAUCUACCAUGGCGUCCCUAUGGUGGGCAUUCCUCUGUUUUGGGAUCAAGGUGAUAAUAUUGCCCACAUAAAGGCCAAAGGAGCAGCUGUUAGAGUGGAUUUCAACAGGAUGUCAAGCACAGAUUUGGUCAAUGCAAUGAAAACAGUCAUUAAUGAUCUUUCCUAUAAACAGAAUGCCCUGAGGUUAUCAAGAAUUCACCAUGACCAGCCAGUGAAGCCCCUGGACCGAGCAGUCUUCUGGGUUGAGUUUGUCAUGCGUCACAAAGGGGCCAAGCACCUGCGGGUUGCAGCCCACGACCUCUCCUGGUUGCAAUACCACUCUUUGGAUGUGAUCGGGUUCCUGCUGGCCUCUGUGGCCACUGUGAUAUUCAUCAUCUCAAAGUGUUGUCUGUUUUGUUGCCACAAGUUUGCAAAAGUGGAAAGGAAGGAAAAAAAAGAGUAGUUGCAUUUAUGCUUGGACUGGAAGUCCUGAUAAAUGGGGAUUAUACAUUUGAAAUUUCCCCCAGUUUAUUACAGCAACAAUAGAUGGUGAUGCAAAAUUCCUUCCUCCUGAGGUUACACAAAUUAUCACUGCUUCCCAUAACAAACUCUAAACUUCAUUUCAAAAAUAUUUAAUAGCUGGUAAAGAGGUAGAAAAUUGUAAAGCUAUGAAUUUACUUAACUUAGCUGUGAUUUGCAACUCAUUCAUGGACAUAAGAACAUUAAUUGGAAAUACCAA